AUGCAUCACAACUUGUGUUUUCUUUGUUCAAGGAAAUACUAUAAAUAUCUGUGUAGAGAACAUUGUUUAAUCUCAAAAACCAACAUUUCAAGGCCCACAUUAUGAUAAACAAUAGAAAGAUUGAGAAUAUAUAGAAUAAUAAUAAUGGAGAAAAAGGAGAGAAAAUUUUUGGUGGCUGUGGAUGAGAGCAAAGAAAGCAUGUUUGCUCUGUAUUGGUGCAUCACAAAACUUAUUCCUCACACUACAAAUGUUAAACUAGUUCUUCUCUAUGUCCAGCCAACUCCUGCUUUUCACUCUUUCAUUGCAUCAGGGUGUGCAUUUUACAAUGAUGUUAUUUUAGACAUGGACAAGUACUGCAUUGAUUUGGUUGAUUCGGUAAUGGAAAGAGCCGGAGAUAUUUGCAAGAAAUCGAAUACAACUGAUAUCAAAAUUGAGAGAAUAAUUGGAAGAGGAGAUGCUAAAGAUGUGAUAUGUAAUGCAGUUAAGAAAUUUGAGGCUGAUACUUUGGUUAUGGGAACUCAUAGUUAUGGAUUCUUUAAGAGGGCUCUUGUUGGAAGUGUAAGUGAUUAUUGUGCCAUGUAUGCAAAGUGUCCUGUUGUAAUUGUGAAGCAUCCAUGAGAGAAAUUGUUAAGCUUUUUGUUUUCUAGUACUUUUUUUAGCUGGCUUCUCAUGAAGCAUAUUAUUUUCAGCUUCUUGAGAAGCAUUGAAUCUAUAAAUAUGAGGAGAAAUUGUUUUUGUUUAA